GCGGUAGCCGUCAGCGCGAGGAGGGGUGGGGGCCCGUGGAGUAGUGCGGCGGGAGCGCGUGGGCGGCGGGGGCCGCGCCGCGCCGCGCCAUGGCCCAGCAGCAGAUGAGCAGUUCGCAGAAGGCGCUGAUGCUGGAGCUGAAAUCGCUGCAGGAGGAGCCGGUGGAGGGCUUCCGCAUCACCCUGGUCGACGAGUCCGACCUAUACAACUGGGAGGUGGCGAUCUUCGGGCCCCCCAACACCCUCUACGAGGGUGGCUACUUCAAGAUGCAAAUGGUAUGGCUUGCUUCACUGAACAGUAAAGUGAUCUGCUGUGUUUUGGCUCACAUUAAAUUUCCUAUUGACUAUCCAUAUUCACCACCUACCUUCAGAUUCCUGACCAAAAUGUGGCACCCUAACAUUUAUGAGAAUGGAGAUGUAUGUAUUUCAAUUCUUCACCCACCUGUAGAUGACCCACAAAGUGGAGAGCUGCCAUCCGAGAGGUGGAACCCUACCCAAAAUGUCAGGACUAUCUUAUUGAGUGUAAUUUCUUUGCUUAAUGAGCCCAACACAUUCUCUCCUGCCAAUGUGGAUGCGUCAGUCAUGUUCAGGAAAUGGAGGGAUAGUAAAGGGAAAGACAAGGAGUAUGCUGAAAUCAUAAGGAAACAGGUUUUGGCUACCAAAACUGAGGCAGAGAAGGAUGGCGUGAAGGUCCCCACUACGCUGGCAGAGUACUGCAUCAAAACUAAAGUGCCUUCCAAUGACAACAGUUCAGAUUUGCUUUAUGACGACUUGUAUGAUGACGACAUUGAUGAUGAAGACGAAGAGGAGGAGGAUGCCGACUGUUAUGAUGAUGAUGAUUCUGGUAAUGAGGAGUCGUGACCUGCUCCCGCUAUGCCACUGUACUGCCCUGCCGACUCAGGCCAGAAGGGAGCAGCGGUAACCUAGCAGCAGUUUGGCAAAAAAGUGUGUGUGUGUGUGUGUGGGGGGGGGAUAUCAAAAAAACUUUGUCUCCUGCUGUCUCCUGUUGUAUGGAUCUGUUUGCUCCUUUUUUAUGGACCUCUUAGAGACCCUCCACAGAAUGUCUGAAUUCUUGCAUUCUUAACCCUUUCAUCACUGUAUUAUUUCUUUUUAAAAAAGAAACUCCCUUUUUCACUUCUCUACAAAAUGCUCACAGCGAAACAGGUUUGCUCGUGUUUAGAUUCUUGAAUUAAAUAGUCUUUCAUUGAGAUGUUUAAUGUAUUUAAAGCUGGAACAAACCCAUUGGAAGCUGGGUUUUCGGGAGCUCAAGUGCUGCAUUUACUGGGAAGAAAAAAAAAAAUCCACACAAAGCAAAUUGCUAAGGUUUAGCUGCUCCAUUUACAAUAAUAGCGUGUGUACGUUCGUUUAGCCUUGUGGUGGCUUUUCCUUUAUAAGGUGUGGGGCGGAGAGUGUAAAGCUACUGUGUGUUGAGCUUGAUGGGAUGUUACUGAAAGGUACAGUAUUCCUUUUCAGCCUGCUCAAGUUAGGAAAUAGCUGGCCCCUGGAGCCCCGGAGGGCACAAUUAGCUUUGUCUCUGAAAAAGGCUUGUGAUAUGAACCCUAAAAUAAACACUUAACACUUCACAUCUGU